AUGGAUCGGAAGAAGGGGAGACUGGAGAGUCAGCUGUGUUCUGCAGUGAACAAUGGAGAACCGAGAUCCGUGCAGCUACUUCUUUCCCAGGGUGCAAUCCCUCACCUUGUGGGGAGUAAGGGAGUGGCUGCAAUACAUUUGGCAGUGGGCAAAGAGAAUGAAAAGAACAUGCGAUGCUUGAAAAUGCUAUUGCAACAUGGUGCUGACCCAAAUGUUAAGUCAUUAGAUGGCUUGACUCCCCUUCACAUAGCUGCAAUUUGGGGAUGCUAUCAAAAUCUGAAACUCCUUCUGAUGAAUGGUGGGAAUCCGAAUAUAAAAGAUAACGAAGGAAAUACACCGUUUUGCCUUGCAGAACAGGAGGACAACAGAAGGUGUGCUCAGCUUUUACUGGAGUAUCAGUCCAGCUCUUUGGGCACAGAAGCAGAGGACCAGCCUCAGUUCAGAUACUCGGUCCAUUCUGACCUCACAGACACAUCUGGCUAUCCUGAAUCUCGCGACAGUUUCACUUCCCAGUCAUCUAUCGAUAAUGGCUGGAUUUCUUUCGAUCUUUCUGAGUAUUCUGGGUUCCUGGAUUCUGAACGUUUGGCAACAGUUUUACCCCAGCAGGGCAUAGAUGUCACAUCACCAGACCAUGUCUUUGUUUUCUCCCGGGAGAGUACUGAAAGCUCAGAUGAAAACAUGGACAAAACCGUUAUCAGUCACUGCACAUUGUCAGACAGCGAUAAAAACGGUGAUAAGGAUGUAAAAGAAAUUCAUGGAAAUUUAGACAAACGCCCAGCACAUCCUAGUGGGGAGAGCAGUAGCAGUGGAGGCAGAAGUAGUUACAAUAGUUGUGAAAGUGAUCAUUACACAAGUGCAAUGGAUAUUUCCAUUCAUCCCAGCCAGCUGCCUCUAUCUGAAGAAACUACCAAAUCCGGUGAUGGUGAUGUUUCACAAGCUAAAACUGAUCCUCUAGUUGAUAUUUUUAAAAUUAAUAAACUGAGUUUGAUUGAAGAUAACCAUCCAAGCACUAACAUGGUUAAGGUUUGUGCAGAUCCUGCUGUAAUUACUUUGAGUAAAGCAGACCGCUCAUCGGAUGACAUUCAGCAAGCAAUUCCAUCUGAAAACCAAGAGCCAUUUAUACCAAGUCCUUUCGUAACAGAUCGGACUCAAUCGAGGCAGAGUUAUUACUCAUUGAGAACUAGCAAACCCCCUGAGGAGGGUACCUCUGGCCUAUUUGAGGAGACGGUUUCAAAACCAGUGCGAACUCGCAACAUAACUCCCAGAACCCAGAAAAAUAACAGCUCUUACAGUUCACCACAUCAUCUAUGCUUCACAUGGUCCAAUUCGGAAAGUACUACAGGGCCAGAUUCCUUGCACAAAGACUACCCAGACACUCAGUCCAACAUACCUGGAGCAGGUUCAUGUGUGAACUCAAGCCAGGCCGAAACCAUCAUCCUCCCCCAAACCAUGAGUGAGGCAUUUGUUGAGUCAGAGACUCUUUGUGACACAGUUAUCUUGGAGGCCAAUCACGAUUCCUCGAUGGAUUCAUAUGAAAGAAAUCUUGCAGACGUUAUCCAGGCCAUUCAAGGACAAGAGGUUGAACUUAUUAAAGAUGGGGAUUUUUUGACAGAUGAUGUGACAAGUACUGAUGAAGCAACAAAAAAGGCCACCGAAGCACCUUGCCUUUCAAAGGAAGAUUUUUGGAUCACAGAGGACUCUAGCUCGAAGGGUGUAUCUGUCUCUUCUUCAUCCAGUUCCAGCUAUUUUUCCCCAAAGCGGUCAAGGACAGAUUCAGACAUUCUAAGCACUCCAGGAACUCCAGGCACUUCAUGCCCUCCCAGAUACAGCAUGAGUAGACUACUGACUAACCAAAGGUCACAGCAUCUGGCCAACCUUUCUUACACCCCUGGGGGGCGUCCACAUAUUGAGGAUGCAGAUGAACCAGUGGAAUACCUUUACACUGAUAUGGAACAGGGUUACAAACUGAUUGAGGCCCACAUUCCACCAACGGCUAAUACCUCUUGUGACUCCAGCAUGAGUACCUCUAGUAGUGAAGACACCAUCCUCUAUGACUGGCGUGCUAUGAAGACCAAGCUACAAGACACCAAAGAAAACCAGAAACCACCAACAAGGAUGACAGAUAAGGAGCUCAGACGGAGGCUCAUAGAGGUGGGAGAGAGUCCAGGCCCCAUUAGCCGUCGAACCAGGCCAGUCUACAUUCGAAGGUUGUGCUGCCAGUUGCAGGACUUAAACUCUAAACCAGCACAUUCAGUUUAUAGCCCAGAAUUGAAUCUGGCCCUUCAAACUUUUAAGUUGCCUGACUGUCAGGGUGAAGAGCAGGCCUUGUGCCAACAAUUUGACCAACCGGAUCAGAACAAAAAGUGGAGAGAGGGCAAUAUCAAGUCCAGCUUUAACUAUCUGCUGCUUGACCCAAGAGUGACAAGAAAUCUUCCAUUCCGGAGUCACAGCAUGACAUCACAAGAAUGUUUCCAGACGUUUGUUCGUGCCAUUUUUUAUGUGGGCAAAGGAAAACGCUCCCGCCCCUACAGUCAUCUUUACGAGGCCUUGGAGUACUACAAAGGGGAUAAGACCUCAAAAAAACUCUGCUCCAAAGUGCAGCAAAUACUUCAGGUAUGGAACGCUGAACAGGGAGUUAUCUCACUGCAUUGCUUUCAGAACGUCAUUCCAGUGGAAGCAUACACAAGAGAGGCCUGCAUGGUGGAGGCCGUCGGGUUGAAGAUGCUCACCAAUGUGAAGCGCGGUGAUUUCUAUGGUGUGGUAUCAAAUUGGCCACUGAAGAAAAAGCGCGAGCUGGGUGUCCACCUCCUCUACAGGGCAAUGCAGAUAUUUCUGGCGGAAGGUGAGCGCCAGCUCAGGCCAGCAGAUAUCAGACACUAA